AUGCAAAGGAAAAGAACGUUGAUGAAAUGGAAGGAAGAUAUUUCCAUAAAACCAAAACAAGAAAGGGUCUUAAAGCAAUUUUGCUUUGUCUCAUAUUUUUUUCCUGCAGGUCAGAAAUUUGUUUAUUCUUCUAAACAUUUAACUAGAAAUUCCACCAUAAGCGUAACAUCUGGUGAAGAUCUUCAAGAAAUUCCCUUUGCAGCAAAAAACUUGAGUCGCGUGGACAAAAAGGUCGCUUUAAUUUAUAUUUGCUUAUGA